AUGACGUCUGACGUCGAAGAUCUUACGAGAUUUUACGCUAAUUUACCCUCAAUCUUUGAAAUUGAUCCAUCAACUUCUAUUAAAUCAUCGUCUGAUACUAUCAAUACAAUUAUUAAUAAUGAAAAAGCUUAUCAACAAAUAUUUGGUUCAUUCUUAUUUGCAAAUUCUGAACCAUUUACUACAGCAGCAUUUAUCAAUUCUAUAUCACCAUCGAUUGAUUUAAAAACAACACAAGAACCAAACAUGACUGAAAAUGAUUUAACUCUAAAAGAAAAUAAUAUUUCAAAUAGUACUAAUGUUCAAUCGACAUCACAUCCAUCAUUAGCAUCUUCUAUUGAAGACUUUAGUGAUAUGGAUGAUGAAGAUGAUUUUGAUGGUAUUUCUAUUCAACAUAAUUCUACUUUAAUAAAGAAAAAACUUGAUGAUGAUAAUAUCUUAGCACAUAAUAAUUCGAAGAAUAAUAAUUUAUUUAAUGGAUUUGUUCAUCAUGUUAAAAAUAAUCACAAUGAAAAUGAUGAUGAUAAUACUGAUUCAUGUUUAAAUGAUUUUACGGAUGAAGAACAACACGAACAACAACAACAGGAUUCAAUAAAAAUACCAUUUCUAUUUAAAGAUAUUCCUGAUAUUGAUGAUCCCAAUGAACUUGAAGAAGAAGAUGAUGAUAGACUACCAUUUGAUCAUAUGGAUAUGUUCGAUCAAUCAGAUUCGAUAUGUUCGUCAUCACCUGAUUCUCUCUUAUCAGCAUCACAUCUACGUGACGACGAUGUUGAUGAUAAUGAUGACGAAGAGAUAAAUAAGAAUGAUGAUGACGAUGAUGUUACAUUAUGGAAUGAUGAUUUUAUUCUUGGUAAAACAACUGUACAAAAUGAUCGACCAAAUGCACCAUUACCACCACCAAUAGCUUUAAAUUUAGAUCUACAUAAUCAAGUAGAUUUUAUUGAUUCAUCACUAAGUAAUUCAAUAUGUUCAAAUGAUUCAUCUCGUAUAAGUAUUGGUUAUACUGAUGAAGCUCGAAUUUUUGUUAAUGACGAUUAUUUUGUAACAUCAUCAGAAUCCGAUAAUGAUGAUGAUGAUAAAAUUCAUUUUGAAAAUAAUACAUUCAAUUAUGAUCAUAAUGAUGAAUUAUCUCUACAAAUUAAUCUUGAUUAUCAGCGUUCAAGAUCAUCUUCAGAUCAUCAAAGUCCUUGUACAUAUUCAUCAUCACCUAUUCCGGAUCAAUCGCCUACAGUUGACAUUGAUGAUGACGUGCAUGAAAUAAAACCUCUUCAAUCAGUUCCUAUUGCUACAAUGGAUGAUGACAAUGAUUUAGAAACAUUUACUUCUGAUCAACCAGUAUUAUCUAGAAUAUCAUUAGAAAAUCUUCUUCGAUUAAAACAUGAAACGAGACAAAAUGAAAUUGUUCAUGAUAUUAUUCAAAUGAGACAUAUGUUUAAUGAACAUGAUAAUGAUGAUGAAUUUAUUGCUGUUAUGCAUAAUCCAAGUAUAUUUGAACAAGUAUUAUAUGAUAAUGAUCAUCAACAGGUAAUGUCUUUCUUUAAAGUUGUCCCAUUCCGUCAAAAAAAACAAAAAGAAUGUCAAUUUUCAUCAGAAAAAUCGAAAUUUAGAUAA